AUGGAGUAGCAGCUUGAAAUGAUUAUUUCACAUGGAAAUCGUUAUAACGCAUGAUUUAUUCUUUAAGUAGUAUUAAAAUGAAUUAUUCUUGCACACUACGUUUGCAUUCCAUAUAUAACUGAAAAAUUAAAAACCUGUACUGUAUCUUUUAAUUAUUUUAUUAUAUUCUAUGGAUAAUUAAACUUCUGAAGUCUGAUUGUUAAACAGGACGAGUUAUACAAAGUAUAUCGGAUUAAGGACCCUUGGAACAGCAAGAAUUACAUAAUUGAAUCCUCUUUCUAAGUGAGCUGAUUGUGCAGAAGAAAAUAUUCAUUCGAAUUACUGCAGCUGUGUUGUUCUAAGAGAAUUACGAGUAUCGAAGAAACGUACCACGGAUUUAUUGGAUUUUUAUUUCAUUAAGAUGGUUUAUGGCAUUGUUCGCAUUGCGGAAAUAUAAAGCAACGGGAUACUAAAGCUCAAUGUUGUUCGUUCUGCGGUGGUUAAGGAGACCUUACUUACAGCACAUUCAACACAGUUUGAUAAGUAAUGUGGUAAACUGCACACCAUGUAUUCUUUCUUGUUGUGGUUGUAAAGUUUCGUGAUUGUGGACGUUUUUAUACCAUCAUUAACACUGUUGUUGUCUUUUGUUAAGGUAGUUCUGCACGUUUGAUCAACCGGAAGUGAUGGUGUUACGUCAUUUAUCCGGAAAACGUAGAAUAAAGCCUGGAUUUGGUGUACGGAAAUGAAAACCAUUUUAUGAAUUACUGGCAACCCGUUAGUAUUUUUUGCCAUGACACUGUUACUAUCUUUCUAAAGUUAAAAUAUGAUAGUUAACAUCUGACACGUUAAAUGAUUCAAAAUAUUGUCUUAAAAUUAGCCUGAAACUUGCGGUUCACUUUAAUCAUGGUCAAAUAUCUCGUAAACAAGCGCACGGAUCUAUACAUUUUAUUUCACCAUAUUAUAGACCAUAUGUUUAUUUACGAUUUUGAGAAGUUUCAUUAAAAUCUACAUUGUAGAAACAUUUCUAUUCGCGAAAAUGUUAUGAAAGUUGUGAUUUUCCCAUAGACUCCCAUUAUGAAAAAUUGCGUGAGGUCCAAAUUUUUCAGAUCAAUCUAGCAAAAAAUCAAGCACACGACCCUAUCAUUUUUUAUUUUAUUUUUUUUUUUUUUUUUUUGCUAAAUUUUCUAAGUAUAUUCUGAAGUUCUGAAAAAUCAGGGUUUAAUCAAAUUCUACAUUGUAGAAAAAAAAUUGGUUGGAAUGUGCAGAACUACCUUAAAUGGUGCUGUGUCAUUUAUACAUUUUAUACCUUAGAACGUUCAAUUACGUGAUGAUUACUUACACCGAAAAUGGUUUUCAUUUGAGGAAAGUAUGACUGACUUAAACUAAUGAUUCGGCGCUAACUUAAACAAUUUUUGUCAUGAUUUUAAUACCAAAAUAUGCAGCAAACCUUUGGACAAUUUGCUUUUGUAGUCUUUUAGUUUGGUUUUAUUACCAAAAUAUCAAACCUAUAUCAUUGAUGGACUCUUUUAGGUAUUCGCUCACAUCACGUAAUUUGAACCAUUUCAUUCUCAAAAAUGACUAAUUCUGAAACUAUAAACUUACUGUGUUUUUUUUUUUAGAAUUUGUCGUUUGUAGAUUAGAUUUUGUUUUUCGACUUUUUUUAUUUUAUACCUUAUUAUAAUAGAAUUGUUUCAGUUCAUAGAACUUAUAAAGUUGAAUACUAGUAAUAAUGCAGUCUGAAUGAUUUUAUUUGAUAUUACUAAUAAUAAUAGGAUAAAUCUUAUUAUUCAAAGCACUUUAGUGCAUUUAAUUAGUACUUUUGUUUGAUAACUUGAAUUUUAUAAAAUUGAAAGUAAAUAUGAGAGAGGGUUUUACAUAUAAAACACACAAGAAACAAGAUGGCUAUAUUUGAUAUUCUAUGUGCAUGAAACAAUUUUAGACUAUUUGUUUCAUCAGUAAUUUGGUUUUACUCUUAUUAACGUGUAUAAUCGAUUAAGAAAACAAUUUAAAUUGAUACAGUGUAUCCAAAGACGAAGUCACGUCAAAUCUUUUAACGUAUUUUGUUCGUUUACAAAAUUUCGUUGAAAAAUGGCGCGAGUCCAAACGUUUUGUUUUAGAAUACAAUUAACAAUUACUAUUUUAAGAAAAAAAGAAACAAUAGAAACAUAAGUAGUACAUUCACAUCACUAUCUAUGUCGGGUGGAAAGGUAAAACUUUAGCUUAGCGUCAGGACAUGAUUCUCAUAGAAAUCCGAACAAACAAUAAUUGUAAUCAUAUCAUUAUCUCUGCAUUUGCUACUGAAAAAAGAAUAGCAUUGAACAACUACUAAAAAGGGAAAUAUAUACUUAUAUUUUAGCGGAUCUGUUCAGGAAUCCUACUAUUCAUAAUUACCUAAGAUACUUUAAGUAAUCGUGUGUAUUGAAAGGCCAGAUAUUGCUGCAGAGACUUGGAUUUUCUUUACGACACACUUGAGUCUAAUGUUUUAAUAUCACGUGGCGUAUUUUUCUGUCACAUCGUUUGGAACACAUUUCGAUACAAAUCCAUAACCUCGCUAGAGUGCGGUACAAAUGUAAAUGACUGAUUACCUCCCUCCGGAAAACAUGUCAAGUAUUAUAUACUUCUUUUCUCGCGGCAAAGUGUGGUCUUUACCUGUUUGUUUGUAGCCCUAAUACCAUCAUUUGAACUACAAAUAAAUUAUGCUCAAAAAGUUUUGGUGAAACUUUGCAAGAUGCGUUGUUUCAGAUACACGAUACAUAUUUAUGCGCAGGCAUAUCCGCUUGAAAUUAUGAAACAUAGUGCAGAAUCAAACUAGCUUUUUCUGCAAAACAUAAGAAAAUCUGUCUCUGGCUUUGAAUACAAUUUUCGGCUUAAAAUAGAGUUUCUUUAAAAUUGAAUGUAUUUAUGUGUGUUUUAUAUGAAACUGUCUCUCGUCUAUACAUAACCAAUUUGUAUGUUUUUCAUGACACAAAUUUAAACAUUUCAAAAUUGAUAUUAGUUCUUACGUUAUACUGUCAGAUGUCAUACAGGAGCUUGAACAUUGGCUUACGUUAUUUUUUUUAUUUGGGCUGAAACGUAUAUGUUUGUGUCGUGAAAGACAUUAAUUAUACUCAAUUAUAAAUCACUUAUGGAAUAUUUUUGAGGUUGCCAGAACACGAGAAGCGUUCAUAACAAAAUGCAUCUGUAACUACAAAGUUUCUAACUUUUAUCUAUCCGUGUGAAAGUGUGCGUUUCAUUUUUAUAUGAAAGAAUCGAAGCAUCCCAUCUGUUGGUUAUACAGCUACGUAAACUUAUAAGUAUACCCCUGUAAUAUUUUGAAAUGAAUUGCACACUGUUGACAUUUUCUAAAGAUGGUAUAUUCGGAACCAGAAAGAGUAAAGUUUAAAACAUAUCAUAUGCCUAUUGUAUAUUACAAUAAUGCUAAAAUAUCUCAGCCAUGACGUGUCCUUAAUACUUUUAUACCGUAUCAUUAUUGUAGAAAUGAAUUAUUGUUAACUUUGACUAACCCCGUUGUGCAGUAAUCCCUAUAACCAUUUGUGUGCAAUUAAUUUCAAAAUAUUACUGGGAUAUUUUACUAAGUUAUCGCAGCUGUACGUUUCAGAACCCUAUUAUAGUUUAUGUGGAUGGCACCGGAAACUGCAAUAUAAGAAUAUUUUGACCGAAAGUUUUGCUAAAGAUCAACUUCAAUAGGCAUUUUCUAAGCGCAUGUUAAUUUUGAGAUUUGUAUUUCUACUCCGAAAUCGGUUUUAUUGAACACAGGGCAUUUAGCAAAGUGUAAAGCCGUGCUCGAUUUGUCCCAAGAAAGAAAUUUAUCCCGGAUAUUCAUGAAAGAACAAGCACAUGACAGUAAUUUUCAAAUUUGUCCGAUGAUAUUAGAUCUUUUAUUUUGCGCUAAUACUUUAAAUUAGCCUGAGACGUUAUGCUCCCAAUUAAUUACUAUGCAGUACCGGUAUCUGAAAUAUUAAUGGCGAAAAAACAAAUCGAUAAAAUAGGGCAUAUUGUAACAUAAAACCAAGUAUAAGGGAAAAUUUGCUAUGCAGAAACAUUUUUCUUUUCGCCAUUAUUUCAUCAUUGUGUUAGCAAUCAUGUCUCAAAGACUGAAGUACCUCGAUUGCGCCGAGUUUGAUAGCCGUUGCUUGUGACUCUGUGCAUGGACUGUCGGGGGAGGUAACUAGAGUCAAAGAUUGCAACAAUCUGACUUAAGUACAUCUCCUAUUACGCUACGCAAAGGACCUGAGAACGACCUAUUCAUAACCUCGUUCUGACGACCUUUUGGCUAGCCAAUCAGAGCUUAACUUACAACAUUUUGCAAAUCUACCUGUAGCCUUGACUUUUGAUAUUUACAAUUCUUAUGUCAUACUGUGUCAGAUAGCUGGUUAGCUCAGUCAGUAGGCCAAUUGCUUUGUAAGCGACGGGUCCCGGGUUCGACCCCUGGAAUAACUGCACAUUUUUCUUACUCGUUGACAUUCGAACAAGUCGUCUGAUUGGUUAAAAUAAAAAUAGCAAUUCUGGAAAUCCAAAAUAUACAGAAGACGUAUGUGAAUGGGUCGUUCUCAGAUCUUCGUUUAGAAGAUCAAGUACUUAAGUCAUAUUGAGAUUGCGACUAAUGUACUAUGUAAAAAGUUUCGCCAUCAUUUAGAAUAAAGACGUGCGAUGUUUAUAAAUAUUCUGCGCGGUGCUGGUAACUGGACAGUAAUUGAAAAGAAAAAAUUAUUUAAAGUUUGCUUUUUUUUCCUGGAAUGUGGAAACUCAUUUUACGUCCAAAUGCAUUAGAUUGAUCGUAAAGUAGUUGCAUUAUUAAGAACGCUCCUCGUAUUUGUAACCUACUGAAUAACGGGAAACUACUCUGGUUUUGUACUGACAAACUACAUAAUUGCACUUGUCUCUCUUUGAUUGAUUAUAUUUGGUGAAAACGAUAAAAUUAUAUACAUACAGAUAAAAAAGAUAAAACCAGAAAAUGUUUCCUUUAAAUCAGUUGAUUAUACAGGAUAAAACCAAAGAUUUAUUAAUGCACUCAGCAAAGCUGCUUUCGAGUUGGAAAACGGAACCCUUACAUGAUGGAAUAAGAUAAAUUGAAGAAUGGUUGUAGAAAUGUAAAAAUGUGAUGUUAGUGUACAAUCGUUUAUCUGGUCAUUGUUAGAGAUGGUGUAUUGGUAUGAAAGUUUGUUUCUGUACACCGUUUCCUUCCUGGUACAAACACAAGGUAUAGAUCCAUCCAGAGAGGCUUGUCUUAACUUUGAAAGCGAAUACCAUCAGCCCAAAGCGUGUGAGUGCGUUACUUUUCAAAGUUACGGGCUUUCUACAGGUCAGUUCCACUCCCCCGACUACCCUAAAGCGUACGGAUCCGGAAUCAACUGUAUUCUUUUUAACUUUGUCGGUGACGUCAACGAAAUUGUAGAAAUCAAGUUUCUAGCUAUGGAUCUCAAAGGCCCCGUACAUGUUAGACCUGAUAAGGAGGAAUGUAGGGAUUGGCUUCGAAUUUACAAAAAUUUAGAUCGAGGAGAAAUUAACGAAAAUGUUAAACACCAAGACGAAUUAUGCGGCAACCUAUCAAAUUUGAAAGAGAAAGUAUUCUAUUCAAGCGGACGUGCUCUAAUCAUGGAGUUCCACACAGACCCAGACUCGAGGGAAAAGCAUACCGGUUUUAAAGGCGUUUUUACAUUUUUAGAAAAAAAUAGGAAAGAUAGGUGUGGCUCCUCAUUUGAUCGACAUGUUCCCGGUAGAUGUUCGACAGGUAUUUUCAAAACCGUUGGCAUAUUGCGAUAUGGGACUCAGUGCUCGUAUGAUAUACAAAGUGGAAAUAAUCAUACGAAAGGAAAGUUUUUCUCACCUAGAUACCCUCAGAGAUAUCCAAAAUCAUCUGACUGUGUAUAUAUGUUCAUGGGACAUGACAAUGAACAUGUCAAAGUGCUUUUUAAACUAAUACAGCUGCCUAAACAUUCUUCUGGGUGUGAUGAAAACGGGGAUAUAAUUAGAGUGUACGAUGGAAGAGACAAAUCUUCUCCAAUGUUGAAAACAUUUUGUGAUAAUACACAUAACCAAGUAGAAUUGUAUUCCACUGGACCAUACAUGUACAUAGAAUUUCAUUCUGACAGACAUCAUGAAGCACAGGGAUUUGCUGCUGAUUACGAGUUCUUGGAUAAACGGUGGGAAGGCGGGAGUUCCCCUGUACCUAGUGAUAAUGGGAUGUCAGAAAGUCCUGAUGGUGAUUCUUCGGCGAUGAUAAGGAAAUUUCCAUACCUGAUUCUUAAAUGCAAUGAGAGUAUAAGUAGCAAAGACAAGAAGAACGGAACAAUCAAAAAUCAGUUCUAUUCAUCCGGAAUUAUCUGUCAGUAUGAUUUUAAAGCUGAGGGACAGGAGCGUAUACAACUGAAAUUUACUAGUAUGGAUCUUUUCUAUUCUGCUGGAGAUCCAAAUGAUCCAUUUGAGUGCCCAAGCCAGGACAGUAUUACAGUGUACACUUAUAAAGAUGGCGAAGAACAAGAACUUGGUCAGUUUUGCGGCAAGAAGCACCCACAACAGCUCAUGUCCAGUGGUCAAAGGAUGAGAGUCCUUUUUAAGAGUAUGGAUAACCAAAAAGAUAGCAACUCAGGUUUUAGAAUAGAAUACAAUUUUCGUACAGAUUUUGGAGUACAGGGGAAUGGAGUUCAGGAUAACCGCGAAGUCUGCACUUUCAUGUUUCGCAGUACAUUACAUACCACUGGGUAUUUCACAUCCCCAAAUUAUGGGGGUCAGUACCCUAGAAAUACGGAGUGCACUUAUAUUUUCACUGGAAGACUUAAUGAAGUGGUAGAGAUCGAAUUUCCAGAAUUUGAUGUAGAUGGAAUAAUCCCAAGGUGUGAUAACCCUACUGACAGCGAUUAUGUUGCGUUCUCGAACUUUCUCAAUACAGAAGACAGGCAAAUGCGGCGUUACUGUGGAAAUCGACCAUCUUACCCUACAGUGACGUCAGACGCUGCAUUCUUUCGUGUAACUUUCCGUUCCAACAGCAAGUUUGAUGCCAAUGGAUUUAGAGGUCGCUACAAAUUUAAGCGAAUAGAAGAGGAAACUCCUUACGUGACAGCUCCUCCUAGUGAGACACCGCAACAUGUUCGCAGUAAUGGAGGCUCAAGGCCGCAAGUUGACAUAACCGUUUCCAUAGCUACAAUCAUUUUCUUUUGCAAAUCUGUGAUAGAUCAUUUACUCAACGUUUUCUGACUUACUGAUGUCGAUGAGCAUAAUUAGGUGAAUAAUGACGCACAGAUUUUGACGCUUUAUGCAAGGGCAUAUUUCAAAAUAAUGGUCCAUGGGAACAAAGUACAAAAUAGGGAGCCAAUGUAGACAUUCCUCUUUUGAGCUGAAGUAUGCAUUUAAACACACGAUAUACAUAUCACAGUGUCUUGAACUUGUUACUAGUCGUGGUAGAAAUUUCGUGUAAACAGUCAAUGGGUUUGGCAUAAACGGGCACAGAAUGAUUGAGAAUAAGAUAUUCAGUUUCGACGCAAAGUUUUCAUUGUGAACGGAAAAGUAAAAGGAAUUGAAGAAAAUGUGAGCUUGCAUACUUCCUAUGUAAAUGUUUAUGUUUUAUGAACUGCAUACAUUUCUAGAAAUGUUUAUAUUAAUAUUUCUAUCAGUUCAUCUUUAUCGCAUACUAUAUUUUAUGACUCUUAAAAUUGUAUGCAUGUGUGAAGUGUCUUUUUUCAAAUCCAUUUAAUUUCAUGUGAGAUAUGUGGUCUCAAUUAAUUUGAAUAUAUGGUUUUUUAUAUGAAAUUCAGAUGUAUGAAAACGCUUCAUCUCAUACGCAGAGCACAAUCAGUCAGGAAGCCGGAUUUAGGACUUGCAAUAAGAGAAAAUACUGUUCACUCGUCUUAUCAUCAAUAAUACUUGAAUAUAUUGUUAUUUUAUGUAAAUGUAAUAGGAAAAUGUAUGCUUCAUGAGUAUUGGUAUGGAUUUGAUCGUUUCUAUCAGAUAUAUAGGUAACAUACUUGAUGAUGUAAAAAUAAAACACUCGGUGUAAUCGUAAUGUGAUAAUGACGGUUUGGGAGAAUUUCGUAAAUACAUUAAGACACUAUUGCACAUCUUCAUUAAAUAAUGAAAACAGAAGUGCUCUUUGAAUGUGAGAAAAUGCUAAUUAUUUUGGUAUUUGUUUUUGUUUUUGCAGAAUCAAUGCAUUAGGUUUUAGAAAAAAUCGAAAUCAGGAAACGAUUGAAUAGUGGAAUAUUUAUUCAUAAGCAAGGAAAAUAUAAUUUGUCUUUAUAAUAAAGAGACAUUGUCCUUUUCCUUGAAAGUCUGAUUUUCUUACUGCGGAUGAAAUAUUUUCAUAUUUUCCAAUGAAUAUUAAUAGCUGCAGUGAAAUGGCAAAUGUAACUGACUGAUAAUAUGAAACAAUACAUAUACGUCCGACCAAUAAGAAAAUGAAAUAAAAAGUGCAGCUGGUGAUCUGCAAAAGUGUGCUAAAUUUAAGUAAUCCUUCAGUCACUGAUGCAAUUAUAUGUGAACAUAUGAGAAAGGCCUAAAAUUGUCUUUGUGGUGAAUGAUGUGAUUCUUUUAUAUCAACAAGGUGUUUGUACUUUAACUACUGAUCAUUUUUUAAAAAGCGUUAUUUGUUAUACAUGUAUUUCAUAAAUGUUUAAUAUAUACUUACAGCGCUAACUUACGUUAUCAUGAUUUUAAAGUGUUAGUUAAGUGUCAUGUUUUUUUCCGGUUAUUUUCCAAAUGUUAUAAGAAAAGCAUUUGGAUCAUGCAUGACAAUUGCGUCUGUUUCUUCUUUAUAUUUUCAUAUGUGAUAACACUUACCAUGCUAAAUUUCUAUAGUGAACUUAUUCAUCUUCCAAUUUGGACAGUACCAUUCACUGUUAAAAGGGUUGCUUACCAAAUAGACACUGACUGAAUAGCGAACAGUGCACAUUUUGAUCAGACUGCACGGAUGUACAGGCUGAUCAUGAUUUACACUGGUCGCAAAGGCAGAAUCAAAACAACACAAUAUAUCCGAUCAUUUAUUGACGUCGUCAUAUUAACCCUUACCCUGCUAAAUUGCUAUAAUGAACUCAGCCAUCUUUCAAUUUGGACAGUAUCACUGACUAUUACAAGGGGUGCUUCCCAAAAGGAUACAAACAGAAUGACGAACAGUGCAGAUCAUGAUCAGACCGCACGGAAACUAGACCGCUGUAAUCUAAGAGUUAACAUUUGGUUGUUUUAAUAUCAAUAAAUGUUUUCCUUCAGAUGUUGAUUUGAAUCCUUUUUAUUGAAUGGAAAUCGAUGAGAAAUCACACAUACAUAAUUUUGGAUUCAGUUCCAGUAUGUUUGACAGUAUUCUGUUAUUUAAAUAUCCGGCGGACAUGUCAGUUUUCUAAACAGUGAACUAGCCAAUCAAAUAAUACGCGCAUUGUAUAUAUCUCGACGGAGAACAAUACUGAAACUCUACAUAUACUCGUAGGAUAACAUAACUUGGAUGGCCGUUGAGUUUGCUACAUGGCGACACUUUAGAAUGUAUUAUAACAUGUGUUAUUUAAAAUGUUUUACUUUUUACCUUACUUUAUACCAACAGUCGAUUCAUUGGCAUCCAUCCUUACUGGUAUAUGUUACUGUAUGUGUAUUUAUUAACUAUGGGAAGUUUAUUUCUAUUUGAAAUGAUUUUCAUCUUCUGGUAUAAAACUUAUAAUCAUCAAGCUGUUUAUGACUGAUGUUAGCCUUUACCCUGCUAAAUUUCUGAAAUGGACUGGUCCAUCAUCCAGUUUGGCAGUGCCAUUAAAUAUUCGACGGGGUGUUCUCUAAACAUUUACAGACUAAACAACGAACAGUGCAGACCAAGAUUAGCCUGCACAGACGUGCACGUGCAGGCUGAUCUUGGUCUUCACUAGUCGCAAAAGGCAGAAUCACUUGCCGCCAGCAGACUAAAUGUUAAAAAUAUUGUUUGUUUGUAUGUCAGCGGUCAAUACAAAGUAUGACCGCAAUUUACCGCUUGAAAUAUUGUUAUGUUUAUGCAAUUUUGUAAAUGUUCUUGUUCACAUUGUUUGUAAUUCAUACUUACUGCUUUAUAGAUUUUGUAUAAAUGUAUGUGUAUAUCAGUGAGUAAACAUAAUUUCAGUUAUAAAAAGAGUUUAUUGUACAUAUAUUAUAUAAAUAAUUAUGAUCUGACAUGUUAAAAUAGUAGAUGUUAUUAUUUCAUAUGACUUUAUUUCAUGUAUAAUGUCUGAACUUUAAUAAAUUAUAACAAAAG